AUGGUCUCAGGUCUCGUUUCGAUAACAAAUCGUCGUUUACCAACAAACAUAGAUGCCAACACCAGUAAUUUUACGUUCAUUCAGCUUGCUGAUCCACAGCUGGCUCUGCUUGAACGCUAUGGUGAAAAGCGUGAUCCACCCUAUAAAUGGGAUCGUGAACUUGCCCUUGUAGAUCGUGCCAUCACAGCCAUAAACAGGCUGUCUGAGCCACCAAAAUUUGUUAUUAUCUGUGGUGAUUUGGUUGAUGCUGAGCCUGGUUGUUCUGAAAGAGAGGAGCAAAUUUCCGAUUUGAAGUCUUCUCUGGAGAAGCUUUCUUCCGGUAUUCCUAUUUUUGUCUUGCCUGGGAACCACGAUGUCGGAAAUGCUCCCUCACCAGCUGAUAUAAACGACUACAGGUCGCAUUGGGGAAACGAUUACUUCACAUUUUGGUGUGGCAAAGUGAAGAAUAUCGUUAUUAAUUCCCAACCUUACUUUAAUCGUUCGAAUUGUCAGAACGAGUUUUUAGAGCAGGAUGGAUGGCUUGAUAAUGAACUUUCUGCACGUGAGAAUAGGGAUGCUGAGAAUAUUUUUGUUUUCCAGCACAUCCCGCCGUUUAAAAAGUCACGAAAUGAGGAAGAUGACUACUUCAACUUGCCAAAGAACGUUCGCGAAGAUUUGUUAAGUCGAUACUAUAGAGCUGGCGUGCGAUAUCUUUUUUCUGGCCAUCUUCACUACAACAGCGGUGGGCUGUGGCAUCCACAAGGCGGCAGUAGCGAUACUCCACUUGAGAUCAUUUCCUCUUCCGCUGUGGGGCUCCAACUCGGGCACGACAAACCUGGUCUGCGUAUUGUUCGUGUCGCCUUAUCCACAGUCACUCACAAAUACUUUGCUUUUGAUGAGCUGGAACAGGACCCAAACAUUGCGGAAAUCAGUCACACCUACGACUUUCUUUCCCUAAAGGGCACGCCUUGGAUACGAGGGCUUCUCCGGUGCCUGCUACUCCCGAAUCGGAUAGCUUUUACAAGAUCCUCAUUGAGUGAUAGUAAAUAUUCUAGUACGUCCCUUCUUUCCUCACUUCGGGUGGCCUCUGAAGCCGUUCGUGAACUUAACAUCCCCUUAACAACGGGCAAAUCAAUGAUUCCGAAACCACAACGAUUUGCACCAUCACAUCCGAAGCCCUUCGCUGACAAUAAUCUCUUUCGGGUCUCUGCUUUUGGCAUCGGUCAAUCAAUAAACCUGUCGCAGGUUUCUUCAGCCUUCGACUACGUGGCCAUGGGUUAUCGGUGCUUGCGGUUGCCGCCUGAAGUGACCAACGAGAUUCUCUUCUUCACUACGUCUUUUGAUGUUCAUGAUCCCGUCAAACAUCGAGAUGUGCUCGUAUUCAAAAUCGGUGUUGUUGUUCUCUGGAACGUCUCGAAGUCUGAGAGUGAAGAAAUUAUUGCCAAGAUUCGCGAAGAGUGCAACAGGCCUAUUGCCUUGGAAGCGGUAGAAUUUGAGGAAUUGGUCUACUCCUUCACCAGGCAUUUCUCUCUGGAUGAAGUCACUGUAACACUAAAUCGGUAUCAGCUCACAAAUGUGUUGAGAACUUCUUGGUGUGAGUGCAAUAUACUAAUCCUUAGUGGACCAACCCGUCUAGAUGUCGAAGACAUCCGCCUACAUGCACUUCCACCGAGAUCAGACACUGCUGAGCUACAGAAUUCCUAUGAACAAGCCGUUCAGACUCUGAUUAUGGAGAAAAUAGCCUUUUCUGACGCUUUAGCUUCGUCGGUAAAGCUCGGCCUGUUGGAAACCAGCUUUGACGCAGUAGCCGUGCAAAUGCAACCCUGGAUCGAUAAAAUGCAAACGGGUCUAGGGUUGUUUUUUCCAACGUCCUCCGUAAUUCGAAAAACCGGGGAGCUCUUCACUCUACGACACCUACUGAACAUCAGCACAACGAUUAGCGAGACACCGGACUUCUACUGGGAUCGAUCUGAGGUUGAAAAACUCUUUCAGAGUCUCAAAAAUGCGCUCAACGUACGAAACCGAACCAGAGUGAGUGGCUAUCAUAUCAAUCGCUUGUUGCGACGCAUGAGCUUGGCUGCAUUCACAUUUACUUUCCUAUCUGCAGAUCCUGAACUCUAA